AUGACGCCAGAUACUUCGCCUUGGCUUAGCAAGCCCUUCCUAACUUCGAUAUUGCUGGGAAUUGGAGGGUUUCUCUACGGCUAUGAUUCCGGUAUCAUCACGCCAAGCUUAGCGCUCAAGUCCUUCUUGACCUACUUUGGAAAUCCCGAUGCCCCCUUGAGAGGAGCUAUUGUGUCGGUAUACCAAGCGGGAGCCUGGCUGGGCAGCGCUUCGGUUGGAAUCACUAGUGAUCGGCUCGGUCGCCGGCGUGCCAUUGCUUUCGGAUGUAUUUGGGGCGUCAUCGGCGGAGCCUUGAUGGCUGGCGCCGUGCAUGUUGCUAUGCUCAUCAUGGGACGACUUCUAGUCGGCUAUGCUGUUGGCACAAUCACUGGUGUGGCUCCUGUCUUUGGAGCUGAGAUUGCAAAGACUGAAGAAAGAGCCAGAGUCACAGCCGUCAACCAGAUGAUGGUUGCAUGGGGCUUUUUCGUCGCCCUCUGGACCGGAGUUGGUGAGGGCAAAUGGCUCAACUCCAACCAGUGGAGACUCGGCUUCGCCAUUCAAAGCAUGCCAGCGUUGAUUCUAGGCGUUGGUGUUCUAUUCCUCAGCGAGUCGCCGCGAUGGCUAUGUUUGAAAGGUCGUAAUGAAGAGGCCGAAAAGGCAUUCCGCAACUACCACUACAACGGCUCCAACGACAACUGGUGCCGUGCCGAGUUCACCGUCAUUCAAGUCAACAUCGCCGAAGAGCUGCAAACUCAGGGGCGUCUAUCGUGGGCCGGCCUAUUCAAAACACCUGCAUUUCGCAAGCGGCUCUUUGUCGGAUCGUUCGUCUGGGCAGCUGCCAUGUUAUCGGGCAUCUCAUUCGUUCAGUACUAUCAGACAGCUAUCUAUGCCACCCUUCAGUUCAGCCAGGACCAGCAGCUUCUUGUCAGCGGUUUGUACGGAUCUGUCGCCCCGGUGGCCUGCUUCCUCUCUCUCUUCUUUGUCGACCGCAUUGGACGAAAGAAGAUUCUCAUCUUCAGCUCAUCGCUGUUGUCUGUUUGCUACAUGAUUAUCACCAUCUUGGCAGCAGUGUACCCAGCACGACCUGGAUUCCCUACGAAUGAAGCUGCUCAGCGCGGGCUUAUUGCCUGCAUCUUUGCUGUUUCUGCAAACUAUUCAGCCCUUUUGGGACCUAUGACUUGGAUCAUUCCCCCCGAAGUCUUCACAACCGAGCUGCGUGCAAAAGCGAAUGCCAUAGUCCAGGUCAUCCACUACUCUAUCAGCCUCGUCAUCACGCAAUGUUCACCAAUUGCGCUCGCUGAGGUUGGCUGGAAGUACUACAUUCUGUUCAUACUGACAAAUGCAAUCUGCGCUGUCGUGUUCGCCCUCUUUUACCCCGAAACCAGAGGAAAGUCCCUCGAGGAAAUUGACGAGAUCUUUGGAGAUGUCAACAUAGUUCGCGAAUUGGACGCUGAUCUGGCCGAAAAGGCUGGGGCCGAGGAGGUCGAGGUCCGUAGAAGCAUGGCAACGUAG